UAUCCCUGUAACAAAAUUUUGAUUGCAUUCCAGCAGCGCCAAUUCUCGGAUCACAGAGACUGAAGGUUGAGGAAGAAGAAGAAGAAGAAACGUAGAAAUGGAGGUGAACGACGUGCCGCUGGACGACAAGGCGAAGAGGAUGAGAGAUUUGCUGUCGAGCUUCUACUCCCCUGACCCUUCGCUGUUGUCUUCCAACUCUAAGUCCUCGUCCAAGUACGCCACUCUCGACGCCAUCAACUCCACCUCCUUCGAUCCCGACCAGCACAUGCAUCUCCUCGUACACAAGUCAAACUUGGAAGGGCUUCUACAGAGACAUGUUCAAAUGGCUGCUGAGAUAAAGAAUCUUGAUACUGACUUACAAAUGUUAGUAUACGAGAACUACAACAAGUUUAUUAGCGCGACAGAUACUAUUAAACAGAUGAAAAGUAAUAUUGUGGGGAUGGAGGCAAAUAUGGAACAGGUCCUCCAGAAGAUAAUGUCUGUGCAAUCUAGAAGUGAUGGGGUCAACACUUCUCUUUCUGAGAAGAGGGAACACGUAGAAAAGUUGCAUCGCACACGCAACCUUCUUCGUAAAGUUCAGUUCAUCUAUGAUCUACCUGCUAGGCUCGGGAAGUGUAUCAAAUCAGAAGCAUAUGCUGAUGUGGUCAAAUUUUAUACAGGAGCAAUACCAAUAUUUAAGGCAUAUGGAGACUCCUCAUUCCAGGAUUGUAAGCGAGCAUCUGAAGAAGCUGUGACCAUAAUUAUCAAGAAUUUGCAGGGAAAGCUGUUCUCAGAUUCUGAAUCUAUGCAAGCAAGAGCUGAGGCUGCUGUGCUUCUUAAGCAAUUGGAUUUCCCAGUUGACAGCUUAAAGGUGAAGUUGCUAGAGAAGUUGGAACAAUUUGUUGCUGGCCUUCAGCUUAAGAUAGAAGAUAUACGCAAUGCUUCACUGGAUUCUAAUGAUCCUUCUACUGACACAGUUCCUUCUACUGCACAUGAGACUUCUGUUCGUGAGUUUGCGGAGUAUUACAUAAAUAUGAGAACUCAGCGGAUAUCAGUUCUCUUAAAGAAGAGGUUUACAACACCAAAUUGGGUCCAGCACAAGGAACCCCGCGAAGUUCAUAUGUUUGUUGAUUUAUUUCUUCAAGAGUUGGAAGCAAUUAGAAGUGAAGUUAAACAAAUUUUGCCCCAAGGCAUUCGCAGGCAUCGCCGGGCUGACAGCAACCGUAGCACUGCUUCAUCUCGGAGCAACCCAUUACAAGAGGAAAAAUUAAGUCGGUCAAACACCCAGAGGGCUAGAAGCCAGCUGUUGGAAACCCAUCUGGCAAAACUUUUUAAGCAAAAAGUUGAAAUAUUUACGAAAGUUGAUUUUACGCAGGAGUCGGUGGUAACGACCUUGGUAAAACUUUGCCUUAAAAGCUUGCAAGAAUUUGUCAGACUCCAAACUUUUAAUAGGAGCGGAUUCCUGCAAAUUCAGUUGGAUAUACAGUUCCUGAAAUCUCCUUCACCUCUCUCCAUAAAUAAUCGGUUUGGACUUGUUUCUGUCGAGCAGGUGAUUGUUGCAGCAGCUGAGCGUUGUCUUGACCCAAUUCCUUUAGAGCCCGCCAUCUUGGACAAACUUACACAAUUGAAGUUGGCUAAGACCAGGGAACAGAAGCCAAUCUCUCCCUAGCGAUUGUCUCGAGCUAGUUUGACAGAGGCAAGAUGAUUUGGCUCUGGAAUAUCAUCCUUCCGCAUCCGGAAGUGCUUCAAGGCUGCAGUUGAACGGCCGCAAAUUCUUUGAAUUGCAUUCUCAUCGUGCACUCCACUCGGAAAAUGAAGUAUUUUGGUAUAGAGUCCAUUGUUUUGUGAAAUUACAAAGAAUUCCCGUUGCUUGAAAUGACACUCUAUUUCCUCCCCAUUUUGUACGUGACAUGACGGUUUGGUAACCGAAUACGACGAUGAUAUCAAUGAAUACAAAUUU